AAGCCGCGAUGUUCCGAUUUUCUCGGUUGGUUUCAUCAGCGAGGUUCCGCUUCCUCUCUGGCAGGUUCCUACCCGGAGCGAGCGGAUAGCCCAGCUGGGAAGUACCCGGGGAGAGAGACUCACGAAUGAACCGGUGCGAGUCCGUAAACCGCUUCGUUUUUGACGCUUCCGGAACUAUUUUCCAAUCCCUGCGACGGUUCUGGUCUUUAAAUCGGACUGAAAACGGCUUCGGGUCGGGACUUCGGUUGGACUGAGUUUUUUUUUCUUUCAGACUCAGACAGCAACUAGUACCGGUUGCACGUGUGUGUAGAUGWGUGACAGCGGCGUGUGUGAGGACAAGCCCCCCGCCCCCCCUCUCAGGAUGAGCAGCCAAGGAGGAGGAGCCAAGGACCCCCAGUCAGCCAACCACAACUCUCGUCCGCUGCCGUCUGCACCAGAGGAGAAGAAGCCCAGAAACAAGAUCAUCUCCAUAUUUGCGCCUGACAAAGGAAGCAAGAAAAAAGACAGGCCUGAGAUUUCCUCUCCCUCAGACUUUGAACACACCAUCCAUGUGGGCUUUGAUGCUGUUACCGGAGAAUUCACGGGCAUGCCUGAGCAGUGGGCCCGUCUCCUGCAGACCUCCAACAUCAGUAAAUCAGAACAGCAGCAGAAUCCCCAGGUUGUCCUGGAUGUCCUCAAGUUCUACGACUCCUCCAGUGGGAAACAGAAAUACCUCAGUUUUUCUGCCUCGGAUAAGAGUUCACAGUUGCCAGGUAAACAAGGUACGGCCACGUCACCUUCAGGCAARGAUGGGGAUGAUGAUGAUGACGAUGCUCCGCCUCCAAUUGUUGCUCCACGGCCAGAACACACCAAAUCUGUCUACACGAGGUCAGUGAUCGACCCGAUCCCCGAGGUUAAUAACGCCUCGAAAGCAGACAGACAGAAAGCAAAGGACGGCAAGAUUACCGACGAGGAGAUCAUGGCCAAACUAAGAACGAUCGUCAGCGUGGGAGAUCCCAAAAAGAAAUACACUCGUUAUGAAAAGAUCGGCCAGGGAGCAUCUGGCACCGUUUACACAGCCAUUGACGUAGCCACAGGACAGGAGGUGGCCAUCAAACAGAUCAAUCUACAGAAGCAGCCAAAGAAAGAGCUGAUUAUCAAUGAGAUCCAAGUGAUGAAGGAGCUGAAGAACCCAAACAUUGUAAACUUCGUGGACAGCUUCCUGGUUGGAGACGAGCUUUUUGUGGUAAUGGAGUACCUGGCGGGUGGAUCUCUGACCGAUGUUGUGACAGAGACGUGCAUGGACGAGGCUCAGAUCGCUGCAGUCUGCAGAGAGGUCCUUCAAGCUUUGGAGUUCCUUCAUGCCAACCAGGUCAUCCACAGAGACAUCAAGAGUGACAAUGUCCUCCUGGGGAUGGACGGAUCAGUCAAACUCACCGAUUUCGGCUUCUGUGCCCAGAUCACUCCCGAGCAGAGCAAGCGCAGCACCAUGGUGGGGACUCCAUACUGGAUGGCACCAGAGGUGGUGACCCGAAAAGCUUAUGGACCCAAAGUGGACAUCUGGUCUCUGGGGAUCAUGGCCAUUGAAAUGGUGGAGGGAGAGCCCCCGUAUCUGAACGAGAACCCACUCAGGGCAUUGUAUUUAAUCGCCACCAAUGGGACACCUGAGCUGCAGAAUCCAGAGAAGUUGUCUCCGGUCUUCAGGUCCUUCUUGUCUCGCUGUCUGGAGAUGGACGUGGAGAAACGAGGCUCAGGCAGAGAACUACUGCAGGAUCCGUUCCUGAAGCUGGCCAAGCCUCUGUCCAGCCUCACUCCGCUCAUCCUGGCAGCCAAGGAGGCCAUGAGGAGCAACCGCUAAACCUGUGGGUUCAAAGACUUUUCAGACAAAACCAGGCACAGCAGAGCSCCCCCUACUGGUUUAUCUACUGUAUGACGAUCAAAGAUCCACAAGUGUUCACGUUUUAUCUAAUUGUCAUAAAAAGCUGCUCCACCUUUUCUCCUCUCGUCUCUAUACCGAUCUUCUCGUCUCUUCUUUGUGCCUUAAUCCAGCACUGCCACAGUUUGUCCUGCUUGUAGCUGGUGCAGCUCGUUGGGGCGGACCAGGGAUGCUGCACCAACCUUAUUCUAAACAUUUUGCACAUCAGAAGCCAUAUUUAUAGCCAGAGAUCUGCUAAAGUCUAUUUAACUCUGCAAGAGCCGAAACGCAAGAGAUUUACUGAGAAUGGAAAGAAAUCUCUUUUUUUUUAUUUUACAUAGUUAUUAGUUUCAUUUUAGAGCUGUGCUGUGUAACCUCUGCAGCUGGUUUGAAGGUGGCGUGAAACUAAAAACUUUAACUAGGAUGGGACAGWGUGAUCUUUGUGCUGUGGGGGAACAAAAAAGAAAAAAACAAAUCAGAGUCUGUGUUUGACUUAACCUCUGUGAAAUCAAAUCAUUCCAGUAAAUACUAUGAUUUCAGUGAAAAGUAUGCAUUUUUUGAAUGAAAAAAAGUAUUUCUUGGAUAAUUGGAGUUCCGGUUUUAAUGUGUUUUUGGCUCCAGAUUUUUCACGCAUGUUGAAAUUUUGCGAAACGACAAUCUAUGCAAACUUAUCUGAACACUUUUUAAAACUUUAUAAACAAAACACAAACCAUAAAAAAUGAUUUCUUCUACUUGCUUUUACAUUUCUGUAUGAACUGUUUAGCUGUGCCUUCCGUAACUCCUUAUUGUUGUUUGUACAAUAUAAAAACUUCUUAGGAAAUUGUUUUAAUGGUAAACUGGAGGACGUUUUGUUUUUUUUUUCCUAAAUUUUUAAAAAAAUCUAUUUUGUAUAUUGUGUAAUGACCUGUAUUUUAAGAGUUCAUAAUAUAGUAUAUACUGUACCAGUGUUUUAUUUUUGUGAAUGGCAACACAAUUUUUUUUCUUAAAUCCCAAACUCCAAACCUAUUGAUAAUUUGAAAAUACUCAGAAACAUACUCAGUUAAUUUUAUUUUUUUAUUAUUAUUAUCUGUGAACAAGAUUUACUUUGGAGUGCAUGAUAAAUUUAUAAAAAUCUGUUCAAAAGAUUAAAAAAAUGACUCGGAUGCUUGAUGUGCUCAAAUGUUUUUAAUAUGGUACAGAUUGACAAACCAAUUAUGUUGCUUUCAAUGAACACACACACAACCCACUCACAUAAACUAUGUCUGAUGGAAGUGUAAAAUGAAAGUGAUGUUAAUCAUGAAAUCAACAACUUUUUGUCCGUGAAUAAAAUCUUUACAGAAUCUCCACAA